AUGCCCCUAAGUCCCUCUGCCAUGGAUGAUGCUACCUUCUGUUACGUCUUUGCCACCAUGAAGGACUGCCAGCCUGGUCUACAGAGUGAGAUUUGUCACUCACAGGUGAAAUGCAGAGACUGUGGGGCCUUUGGCCACAGAUCGAAAAGCAGGAGGUGCCCCAUCAAGUGUGGCUCUGGGCUCCUAGUACCACAGCCUCUGGAAGCCAGGGAGGAGAAAGAGAACCAGGAUCCUCAUGGGGCCAAGGAUCUACAGACCCCAGGGACUGUAAGCCAGGCUGAGAGAGACAAGAAACUGAGGCAGCACCCUGCCCUCCACAAGGACAGACAGAUCCCAAACAUCAGCCCCUGGGCCCCAGGAAAGAAACCUCCACAGGGCCCCACACAGCCUGGGCCGAAUCCUCCAAAGAAACCAAGGCUCGCUCUCUCAAAAACACCAGAGGACUGUAAUGCAAGGACUGUUUCCAAGGCCCCCUCCCCAGAGAGCCAGUCCCAGACCACUGCAAUGAGCCUUGGAAGAAGAGAGGCUCCUGACAAGAGCAAGAAAGCUGCGGCCCAGGUGCCCAGCGACACUGAACAAACACUGUCGGUUCGAAGCAGAGCUGUCCGGCUCUCAGGCAGACCUUGCAGUGAGUCUCAGGAGACAUCGGCAGCGUAUGUAGUGGGCCAACCCCUGAGGAUGAUCUUCGCCAGACUCCAUGGUGAUUGGUGGGCUUCCAGGUAUGUGACAGCGGACCCGGAUCUUGCCAGUGAGAAGCAGACAUCUCCUCCUGAGACUCCUGUCUCCCAGGAGAAAGGGGCUGGUGCACACUCCCAGCUCCCAUGAGGACCUUCAGUUCUCCACUUCAUAGGAGAGUGAUGCGGAGUGAGCCACCACCCAGCAAGAAGAUGCCACCUCCCUGCUCAGACUGCCCAGACACUUCCAGAUAACUACAUGAUGGACCCUUCGGGAGUCAAAAGAAUCCCAGUGGACCAUUAUGUUCUUCCCCAGAAUGAACUAGGGAGGUGACUGGAACCUGUCAGGUUCACUCCAGAUGGCGGCAACACUGAACACUCCUCUCACAGCUGGACUUGCAUCUCCAAGCAAGUAGCCUCCCCUCACCAUGGACCCUGGACUCUGUUCAAUAACCUCAAUGUACAAAACUAUGUUCUAGUUGUCGUAUUGUGUGACCUUAUCCAUUUCAGCAAUAAGAUCGUCCUAGAAAUGAUGCCUAUGCAGUGUUUUCUUUUUGUGCCGAGAACAUGGGGUUUUUCAUACUCCCUGGCGUUCAGUAACAAUCCACAAACCCAAGUGGCAUUCCACCUACCUCAUCAGUGUGCCAGACACACACUGUGCACACCCACACCCAACUUGUAAUCUUAAGA